AUGAGAUCUACAGAACCAAUGACAAUGACGGACUUUUUCUUCCAUCAGCAAGACAUAACAUUCGACAGUUGCGGAAACUUGCAGGCUCAAGUUUACGAUGCUGUCUACAACUCUACAACUUUCUACAUUGCAGAUCACCAAGAGGAAGAAGGCUCAAUCGAUAGUGAUCCAGACCAAGACACUGUCUCGGACGAACAAACGACUGGGUCACACAUCGAGACAACGCAGCUACGACCACUCUGCCUCUUCGUUGUGAGAGGCAGAAGGCUAUACAAAGGCAUCCGCAAUCGACUUUCGAGAUCUGCUUCCUCUGCGUCACAGCAAGGGCAAACAAAUGCACCUCUCCUCCCGACACCCAGCAACUACGUCGACUGGGAUCUGGCUGUACUCGAGCACAAUCUGAGUGGUAUUGACGAUAUCGGAGACCUACUCACUUGGCUGUAUCUGAAUCUGGACAUUCGAGAGCAGAUCAACGGACUCUGGUGGCCAGUCAUGCAAGAAUGCAAGGGCGAAGAGGGGGUAGCAUUGUUGUUGCAGAGAUUGGAAAGUGGGACAUGGUGGAUUGCAGGAGACGAGAGUGGUGAAUUGAGGGACACUGUUGUCGAUGUAUUGGGCAGGAGGCCGGACCAUGGUGUAUGGUGA